AUGGACGACGUAGUGAUGCUGUCGUCAGAUGAUGAGAAACCAUCCUCGUCACAAAAUAGCCGUCCUUCUGUCACUGUUUCGAGCACGGCAAAAAAACAGGCGAAAAUGUUGGACUACUAUUCAAGUAAAACAGGAGGUGGAACCACGAAAGCUAAACAAGCGACUCCAAGUGCGACGGUGAAAACGAACUCAAAGUCCAGGAAAUGUCCCAACGAAUCCAGUACCCCGAACGAGGAGACACUGAAUAGUAAACAACCAUCUACUAGUCAGUUGGGGAAGGUAAAAGAUGAAUCCGAUAAAAAGGAGCAAACGCUCACUCCCUGCAUUGCUCCCAACACUGGUAUCAUGAAGAGCCCUUUGCCUAGCGAGGAAAUUGAGGAAAAGGCUAAGAAUAUUUUGAAAAAAGUAUUUGGUUUUUCUUCAUUUCGGAACAUUCAUCAAAGAAAAGCGAUUUUGGCUAUUUUGAAACGGGACAAUGAUGUUUAUAUCUCUUUUCCUACAGGAGCUGGAAAGUCUCUUUGUUAUCAGCUCCCAGCUUUGCUUUAUGGUGGAAUAACGAUUGUCGUUUCACCUCUAAUAGCGCUAAUUGUUGACCAGGUGACUGCACUACAACAGAAAGGUAUUCGGGCCGUUGCGAUAAACUCAAAAAUGACCGCCGAUGAAAAAAGAAUCGUACACGAGGAUUUACGACAAACGAUUCCAACAAUUAAGCUGUUGUAUAUUACACCAGAAGGAGCUUCAUCGGAUCCUAUUCAAAGACUACUUGAAUCCUUGAACAAAAGGAAUUUGCUAAAUUACAUUGUAAUCGACGAGGCACAUUGCGUAACGCAUUGGGGACAUGACUUUCGGCCUGACUAUCUGAGGCUACGCUCUUUAAGAAAAAUCGCUCCACAAGCCUUUUGGAUUGCUCUUACAGCCACCGCUGGGAAUCAGGCGGAAGAUGACAUUCAAAAGCAACUAGAAAUGGUCAAGCCGCGAAUAUUCAAAACUGGAACCUAUCGAUCAAACCUUUAUUAUGAUGUCCAAAUCAAAGAACUUAUUCAAGGGCAAACACCUGAGCAACAUUUGAUUAGAUUCAUUACGAGGAUACUUUUUGGGAAAAAUGAUGACGUUGACCUAAGUGAGAUAAAAACUUUCCCAGGUUCAGGAAUUAUCUAUUGUCGCACCCGCGAUGAAUGUGAACAAAUGGCUAGUGUUCUGGCAAAACUGGAAAUGAAGGCAUUACCGUAUCAUGCCGGGUUGAGUAAUAAGGUUCGAGAUGAUGUCCAGGACAAAUGGAUGCGAAAUGAGUUAGCAGCGAUUACCGCAACGAUAGCUUUUGGAAUGGGUAUCGAUAAGCCGGAUGUUAGAUUUGUGAUUCAUUGGACUUGCCCUUCAAAUAUGGCAGCUUAUUAUCAGGAGUCAGGGCGCGCUGGUCGUGACAAAAAGCGCUCGUUUUGUCGAAUUUAUCACAGUAAAAGUGAUAGUGGCAUUCUCAAAUUAUUGAUUAGCCGGGAGCUUGGCCAAAUAAGAAACAAAUCGAAUAUCAGUGAAAAAGCGAGGGAUGACCAAAUGAAGGCUAUUACGCGUGGCUUUGAAAAAAUGAUGGGGUACAUAGAGUUACCGAAGUGCCGGCAUGUUGCUAUGGCGCAAUUUUUCUCUGAUAAUGAGACAAAGGAGUGCAAAAAGAAUUGUGAUUAUUGCGCAGAUCCCAAAAAGACAAGUAAUCUCACGGAUAAAUUUCUAACAUUGUCAAGCACUGCCCAAGCUUCCACCUCACGGGUAAUGAGAAAUUCGGCUGUCGAUAGUGAUCUUUAUGGUGGAGGAAAAAGGGGUUACAAAGAGGAUAACGAUGACAUUUAUGGAUCGUUUGAAGAUGGAAAGUCACGAAUGGAACGAGAGCAGAAAGAAGAAAGAUGUCAACUCAUCGCUUCAGAAUUGGCGAAGAGACACAAGCCCAACGUCAAUGCGGAAAGAAAUAAUCCCUCUCAAUCUCCAACAAAUGAGCAGGCCUCUAAAUUGGUCGGCGCUAGUAUGACUCGGAUUCCAAAUGUAACAAUAACGAGGCGAAUGGGGGUAUUAACGACUUUCGAAACAGCUUUGAAGUCUAAUUGGUUAGAUGAGAAACAUCAACUGAUACCAACUGCUGCCAAAGAAAUGGAAUGGGAGAUUUACUCGUCUUCAAAAUAUGCAACGAAUUACAAUCACAAAGCUGCUUCAAAACAUUCGGAAAUACAAAAGAAGACGAAAGAAAGCGUCGAGUUUGAAUGGAAACCAAAAGAGAGGACAUCGACUGUGCCUCCACAAGUGCAAGAUGGUUUUGUUACAGCUGCACAAAUGGUCGCU